UACGACAGUUUUCAACUUCUAAGCAAUGCGCAUAUGGUGGUAAACUUACUCGACACUCAAGCUCUUGUUUUCUCUCUGUUAUCAGUUAAAUUACCGAAUACAGAACAUAUAUUGGUUAGAUUACAACUUUGCUGGCUGAAAAAGACAGAAAUGUUUACUCGAGAGUUUGAAGUUGGAGCUCAGAAUAAAAUUAUUCUUAUAGAUCAGAAACUUGAGGGAGAUACUGGUGUAGUAGUCUGGGAUGCAGCUCUUGUUCUUGCUAAAUAUUUAGAGUUGUGUGAUGUUUCUGGUAAGACUGUUGUGGAGUUGGGUAGUGGGACGGGAUUCGUUGGUUUAGCAGCAGCAGCGUUAGGAAUAAAAAAAAAUAAAUUAGGAGGAAGUGUGAUUUUAUCAGAUUUAGAGGAAAAUCUGGAUCUCUUAAACCAUAAUAUAAACAAAAACAAGGCAGUUUGUGAGAAAAUAAAGGCAAAGGUUUUAAAAUGGGGUGACAGAAAAGCAGUACAGGAAAUAUUGCAGGGAAUAAAAGUUGACUUUUUACUUGUUGCAGACUGUGUUUACUACACGGAAUCCAUAGAAGACUUGGUGAAUACUUUGUUAGAACUGAGUAAUUCAACAACCCAGUUGUUAGUGAGCUAUGAAGACCGUGAUUCCACUGCCAAAAUUGAGUUGCAGAAUAAAUUCUCAAGUUUAAUGAAUCAUCAUUUCAACAGUUCAGAAGUUCCACUACACAAUCAGCAUACCAAUUUUAGAUCGUUUGAUAUUCAUAUUUUUAUUUACACACUCAAGCAUUAAGAUAAACCUAAAUUCAUAAUCUUCUAUUCAAUUGUGAGCGCUUUCCAUUUAAAAGUUUAUCACUUAACAAAGUUUAAAAUAAAUAUUACAAAUACAUCUUUUCCAGAAAAAAA